ACUACAAAAUUUAUAUCUAGUAAAUAUAUAAAGAAAUGUGGUUAUUUUUUUUUAUAGGAAUUCUAAUAUUGAAUAUUGUAACUGAGGAACUGUAGCUUCAAUUUAUAAUAAAGAAAGGUUAGAAACGAAUUUUGACAAGUUAUAAAAAAUGUCUAAAUCAGAAAUAAUAGAUAAAACGUUGCAAGAUGAGAUAAAUAAUUCUCUAGAUUUUGACGUAACGAUUCCAUGGCCCAAAGAAUUAACAGAGGUACUAUUUUUGAAUUCGUUGCAAUGAGUAUUUUAUAAAAUAAUUAUAAUUGUAAAAUAAGUGUAAAAGGAACUUAUAUCUUUAACACAUCACAGGAAAUUUUACCUGAUCACAUCAUAUUCCCAAAAGAAUUAAAUUUAUUUUUAAGGAAUCGGAUACAGGAUUUAAUUGCUGAAAAUGGUUGUCUGCGUCGGGCACUCGAAGAGACGGAGGAGAAAAUUCACAAAAAGCAAGGAAUUGCAGAAUGGGGGCAUUCAACAAUUUUAGGAAAACCUCACGAAGUAGCAACAGCAAAGAUCAUCGAGCUCAGCAGAAAAUGUCGAGAACAGAUAGCCGAGAUUGAAGUUCUUAAAUCAAAGUGCAAAAAUCUAAAAGUGCAUUUAACUAACAAAGAAACAGAAUUAGAAAAUGAGCGACAUGAAAGGAGACAUUCGAAAACUGAUGACUCCUCUCAGAAGAGUGAGUUAUAUUAAAGAUUUUUCAGUCGUACACGACAUUUUUAUACUGUUACAUUCUUCCAUCAUCGUUCCGUCGUAUUAUGAUCGAGAUACAGGAUGGUAUCCUUGACAAAGGUACCAAGAAUAGUCAGCCGAAGGGGGACGAGGAUCGAAUCAAACAUUUGUACGAAAAGUUACAACAGACUCAAAUAAAGCUCUAUGAAUCCAAAAAUAUUUGUGCCAGUCUUAAACAAGAGAUUAAUAAAUUGCAUAAGGUAUUGUUUUUAAAACUUUUAUCGGAAAAUUUAUACAUAAAUAAAAAAAACAUAGGACACAGACAAGCGAGCGCGCAUGCAAUACAUAGUUUUUAAAGUUGAAAAUUUAGUUAUUGUACAGCGAAAUUGGUGUAAAUGUGAAUUUGAAUAAUUUAUUGAAUCAAUCUGGAUGGCGAGGGAGAGCUGAACAGAUUCACCUGCUACAGCAAAAAAUAACGGAACUACAAUCAAGAUUGUCGGAAUACGAAGGAACGCAAAAGACAUCCAUCGGUAUUAAAACGAAAUUCCGGAGUUGUAGGUUUUUAUUUAUAAGCUGUAUGUCUUGUAUAUUAGUGUCUGUAGAACGGAAAAAUUUGGCAAAUCUUCGAAAUGUUGAGAAAGAGAGGCGGCGACAAAUAGAAGAUUCAGCGAAGCAACUUCGGCAAACGGAAGUCAUCGUUGAGGGAUACAAGAGGAAGCUAGAGGCUUCGAAGGCAAGAAUAAAAGUGCUGGAGCAUGAGUUGAAUGUUGCGAAAGGAAAUAUUGCCAUAUUAAAUGAGAAGAGAUCUCAUGAUAAUCAUUUAAUCGAGACACUCAAUAAUCGGCUUAAAACUACCGAAAUAAAACACGAAGAACGCGAGAUAGAUAUGAAAAAUAGAGCAGAGAAGUUCGAACGUGAGUACACGAACUUAAAGAACGAUUUGCAGUCGGCGCAACUUCAAAUCGAUCGGUUGCGUAGAAGACUAGAAGAACGAGAAAUCGAGAUAGAUAAGUUGAGAAAUGGAACAGUCCCGAACGUAUGGGACAUUAAAUCUCGAAAUAUUGCACAACCUGAAGAGUUAUUAAGUAAUUUGAACCACAGUGGUCCUCCUCAUAGCGCUCGAAGUACAUGCGAACCUAACGAAUAUGUGACUUUGGCUUUUGCUGCUGAAGCUGAAAGAGAGAGACUGCUGGAGUUAAUAACAAUCCUCAACAGGCGUCUGGACAAAGAGAGAAACUAUGCUGACACUCUUUCUAACACGUUACGUAAUGAGAAAGAUAAAUCGGCGAAGUUGGAAUUAAAGAUACGAAAAUUGGAGACAGAAAGAAUAGGGAUUGUUAAAAUUGACACUGGCUAUAAAACGAAAUUACCAAAAUUGUCGAAGGCUAGUGAUAAAGAAAUGAAUGCUGAACAAAUGCGGCUCAAAGUGGAGUUAUUACAAGAAGAAUGCCUCGCGUUGAAAGCUAGAUUAGACACUGUGCAACAGGACAAAGCUGAGGACCUUGCGACUUAUAAGCAGAUGCACGAACAAGUUAGAAAAAUUUUUCACGAAGCCUGCAGAAGCAAACCACUGCCUCCCAUUGGUAGUCGUUCUACCAUUACAGUUUAAUCGAAAUUGAAAACUUUCGAUAGCCUUCUAAGAGUCUAAAACAUUCGAUAACUUUAAUGGAGCGAAACUCAACGAAUUUAUUACGAUUGUACAUCAUGAAUUAAAGUAUAAUGGUUCCACCGGUGAAUCAUAAUUUGAUCAUCGACGUUUGUUAGUUCCUUCCGAAUGGAAUUGUGUAAGAACUACAAAACUGUGUGCGAUGAUGUAACUAGGACACGAGAUAAGGUGCAACGCACCACGUAAACGCGCGUGACAUCGUGGAAGCAACGGUUUCGUUUCUAUCUCUCAUUAUUCUUCCUCCUUUUCCCCUUUUAUAAAACCUGUGUUUGCUCUAAACCACUGUAAACGCGUCAACUCUUGCCAUUGAUAUCGUUCGUCAAUUCUACAUCGGAAGAUUCAUACUUUUCCCUAAAAAUUAGAAAAACGAGAUGUUUAAAAACAAUUCUUUUAUUUACUUUUCUUUAUCGUUUUUCUUUCAAUUACAAUUAUCGGAUGAAAGGAAAGUUUCUUAAAGAGAAAACUAUAAGGAACUAUAAGACUGAUGCACUACUAUUUCUAAGUAGUAGUAUAUCUUUUCCUUUCGAAUGAUAUGAUAUAGUUCAAACAAAGUAAUACUACCAUCUUUCCCAUAUCUUCGUAGAAACUUUCACAAGAAAAGGAAGGUUUUGGCUCAAGCGGAACUCUUUUUUUAUACUUUUCUUUAACCCUCUAAAUAGAAAUCCUAUUCCAUCAACUAUAUUUUAUACGAAAUCUCUAUUCUCAAAUCCAAUUCUGAAUCCGAAUCUAAAAAUGGAGUUUUUUUUUUUUGAAAACCUAACUGACGAUUGACUGCAUGUUGCCACGAAGAUAUUUAUAGAGAUUCGCGUUAAGAAAUCUUACAAGUAAAUACAUCGAUCGUAGCAUCUCUGGUGCAGAAAUAUCUUUCGUAAGAAAAUUCAGUUCAGGGCGUUCCCAUCGACGCUAAGCUCAAGCAUACAGGUGCGAGCUUACAGGUGUUGGCGCUUCUACCUGAUAAGAAGCAUACCCGUGACGUCAGAUCAGCGCUGGUAGAGUAUAUGAGUGGCACCGGAGAGACAUCCACGUCACUCGUUCUUGAACCUCUUCGUUCGUUUGUUCUGCAAAGAGUUGUUUUUUGGUUAUUAUAUUAUCCGUCUCGUUGGUUCGUUGCGCGCCCCUUUCACAUCUUCGUUAUUCCUCACUACGUUUUCCUCACACGAUGACGUGCAACGAGAAGAAGCUGCGAGCGGAUUGUAUGUUCAUGCGGAAGUCUAGCGUGAUCAUUCACGGUUUUGGGACUCAGGGGUACCGAUCAGGUUUCAACGUUCGGCAAACGCAUCGGAACGAAGAAGAAAAGGAAGUGUUAACGACUCAUGGCACGAGCUAACGCACGGAGGUUAUGUUUACCGCGCAAUCAGGUGGCAACGCUAAAGAGGAAGAAGUUACUCGCACCUCCUUGAUAACAAGCAAAGCUGCUAUGCUCAUGUUAUAUUCCACCACGGCGACACUUUCUGUCUUUCAGCGUUUUCUUGCUUAAUAUUGUAUAAGAUAUAAAUGCUUUAUGUGAGUCAAAUUUCUUCUUCUAAUAGAAGCAUCGUUUCAAAUGUUUUAUAUCGUUAAGGACGAUACAAUUUAUGAAAAUCAAAAUCUCUAUAGCUGUAAAGAAUAUUGCUGAUAAAAUGCAAAAAAAACUCUUAGGGUUUUAGGUGCCACAAGGAAGUGAUUUAAACGAAGGAUAACGACAAAAGGCGCGCGCUAUGAAGAGAGCUAUCCAUCGACAGUAUGGUGAUAAUAGACACUGUCAUGGAGUUGCUCUCUUUGUGGACGCAGCUAUGUUCAACGAUUAUCGACGAUAAAAGUGGAACAAAUGCACGAUUAAAGAAAUUUAUUUACUUAUGUAAAUUUUAUCGCUUAUCGUCAACGUAUCAUGAACAUUCUCUAUACAGUAUGAGAUCUCUUUCUCGAUUAUUUCUUGCGAUAAACAGAAAUUAAUGUUUUUUUUAUCAUUGAGAACGAUGUAAACUGUACAUAAUACAAUUUUUAAUUACCUUUUA